AUGACAGCGGUGGCUGACGCGAGCGGCACCGUGGAGGGGGAACUCCGGCAAGCCAAGGAAACCCUGAAAACCCUUAGCACGCUUGCCGAGCAAGCCGAGCGCGGCGCCACGGUGGACUACGACUUGAGCCAGAAACUAAUGCGCGAGGUCACCGACCGCGUGCGUCCUUUGGCACAGGGCACGCUGCACGGCCUCACCGGCACCACCGCUGUGCCCUCCAGCCGCGCCACGCUGCACGCUCGAGCCGGCGCCGGCAGCUCGCAGAACGUUACACCGCUUCAACGGCGACGCGCCGAGCAGGUUCUGUCGGAGGUGAAGUUAAUCGAAGCGACACUGCACCGCUACGCCAAAAAAACACAGCAGCAGGCCACCUAUGUGUCAAGCCUGAAGUCGCUUCUCGGCAACGGCGCCGAGACGCACCGCCAAGACUACGAGGCGAUGGACCACCUGGAGCGCGAGAAAAAGAGUCUGCAAUACGCUCGGCAGCGCAUGCAGGCAAUGGAGUCGGAGAGCCGCGAGGUGCUGGCGGCCCUGCAAGACCAAGGCCGCCGACUCGGUGGCGUAGGCAACAAACUGAGCAACUUGCUAGAGACGCUGGGUGUGUCAAACACAACGAUUCUGCAGAUUGUGCGGCGGAACGAGGUGGAUGCGUGGCUGGUAUACGGUGGGAUCGCACUGCUCCUAUUCUUCUUGUGGUACAUCUUGUAA